AUGGGUUUAUAUUCCAGUGACGACGUGGACAACAGGAGAAGACGGAUCUGGACUUUACUGGUGAAUAGUGAUGAAAGCGAAUAUGUUACUGCUGGUAGUGAUGGAAGAAUUGUCGUUUGGAAGGACGUUUCUGAUGAACGUCGAAGGGAGGAAGAAGCUAAAGUCAGAAAACAAUUGGAAGAAGAACAGACCCUCAGCAAUCUUCUAGAGGAGGACCGAUUACAAGAAGCACUGGAAUUCGCUCUUGGAUUGGUUCGGCCUUUUUGUGCUUUGAAGGUUAUUGAUAAACUGAGCGAUCGUGAUGAACUUAUGCUGUCUCUGACGAAACUGGAUAAGCAAAAAGUUCAAAUUUUGCUUGGUUUUGUCACACAAUGGAAUACAAACAGUCGAACAUCCCUGGCUAGCCAGAAUGUGUUAAACUGCCUGCUGAAGAUAAUGCCACCCGAAGAAUUGCUGGAACUGCCCAACAUUAGAUCUACCAUUGAGUCGUUGAUUCCUUAUACUAGAAGGCACAUGGAGCGUUUGAAUAGAGCAAGACAAGAAGUGUCACUGUUACGUUUCACAUGGAAUCAAAUGCGUUUAAAUUGA